CGAAUCUGCGUGAUCUGUCGUUUUGGCUGAUCGGUGUUUGUUAUGCUACCAUAUUGAAUUCCGGGCAGAUGCGACCAGUCUGCUCUCAUCGGGUGUCCCAGCUAUGUCUGGAUGGAUCGUUCCUCAGGUCCUAUAGGCUGCGCGUUCGCUAUUUAACUAACAGUAAGGCGGCGCCUCACGACCGCGGGAACCCAAACCGAACCUUUUCAAGCGGCCGUGUGUACGGCAGCAACACCUCAGAUGGGAAUACGAAUAAGCUCCCCCGAUGGAACCGGAUUGACGAAAUUAAAAAUGCGUCUUCCAACCCAUAUCCACGAUUAGCCGUUAGUCCGCAGUCGACAAGCUGCGAACAUUUUCGUUCACAGUACAACCAUAUUCAGCCCAACGAGACACUGGACGAUGUGUCCGUGUCUCUAUACGGUAGAAUAAGAUCCCAGCGGACGGCUGGGAGCAAGCUGGUCUUCUUCGAUCUCUGGCAGGACGGGCAUAAAGUGCAGAUUCUGUGCAAUCAACGGAUUCUCGGGAUUACGGGUGUAUCUCCGGAGAGAUUUCGAGAGUUCUAUCAUUUGCUACAAAGAGGCGAUGUUUACUCCAUCACCGGGAAACCCCAUCGAACUGGCAGAGGCGAACUAACGCUCCUUGCCAGCGAGCUGCCAAACCUUUUGUCACCCUGCCUUCACGAUGUACCUGUAGAUACGAAGGAGCAUGCGGUAUCUCCGUAUGAACGUCACGUUCAAUUUCUCGCAGACCCAGGGGUAGCCGAUAUUCUCCGAGCCAGAUCAUCUAUCGUCCAACAUAUUCGCAAUUUCUUUCUUGAGAGACGGUUUAUUGAGGUUAAUACCCCCAUUAUCGCUGCAGCGGCUGGAGGAGCUAUUGCCAGGCCCUUUCAUACCACUGCUUCUGAAUCAAUAGAGCAAUUGCUAGCUCUGAGAAUAGCACCCGAAUUAUGGCUAAAGCGGCUCAUUGUAGGUGGGUUCGAUAGGAUAUUUGAGAUCGGGCCUUCGUUCCGAAAUGAAGGUCUUGAUAAAACCCACAAUCCUGAAUUCACCACUUGUGAAUUCUACCAGGCUUUCGCCGACCUGGAGUGCCUGAUGCAGAUGACCGAGACUUUGUUAUCUGGCUUGUCUCAAAAUAUCCGGGAGUUGAACGAAAAACUAGGCACCCUUCACCCCAUAUAUGUUGAUUUCAGUACCCCAUUCCGUCGAAUAGAUUUUGUACCGGCGCUGGAGAGCGCUAUGGGACAUACCCUCCCUGAUUUGAAGUCAGACGGCGCGACUGUGAAGAUGGUAGAACUGUUAAACACCAUGUCUAUUCCUCUUCCCGAUCAUGUAUCACUACCCCGAUUAUUGGAUAAGCUCUGUGCAGAGUAUCUCGAGCCUCAGUGCAAGGACCCCACGUUCAUCAUCAACCACCCAGAGUGUAUGUCUCCCCUUUCCAAAUCUUAUAUCCAUCCGACCUGCAGUCAAGUCGUCUCGGCCCGCGCGGAGCUAUUCGUCGAAGGAAAGGAAGUUGUGAACACGUAUGAGGAGGAGAACUCUCCAUUUGAGCAAAGAAGGAAGUUCCAGGAACAACUUUCAUAUCGGGAUCCGGAGAAUCCCGGGGAGCUCGAUGAGAGCUAUCUGCAGGCACUCGAAUGGGGCCUCCCGCCGACUGGAGGAUGGGGUUGCGGUAUCGACCGACUGUGCAUGUUAUUCACUGGUGUCCGGCGGAUUGGCGAUGUUCUGAGCUUUGGGAAUUUGCGAAGCGUGACAAGGCCGCACACAUCUGUCUACCCUCGAGAAAGCGGCUCCUAAAGCCUCGGGUGCUCACCUUAUUGCCUUCGAGGUCCUGAAAGAAGGAACCACAUGGGUAAAUGGGGAAGCUUAUUGUUAGACGACGGGCCCCGGCCUCCAUACAUAUACCCUCGAUUGAUGUCAAUUUAUGACUCGUUACUGUAUUAUAGAUGCCGCGAAGAGGCGGAU